AUGAAGACGCCGAAGACCCAGAAAGACAUUCAAAGCCUUAUCGGACGUGUCGCUGCCUUGACGCGCUUCAUCUCCAAGGCCACUGAUAAAUGCGUACCGUUCUUCAAAGCCUUGAAAGGGGGCAAACAUCAUAUCGCGUGGACUCCCGAAUGUGACCAAGCAUUUCAAGACUUGAAGAACUACAUGAGCAAGGCACCACCAUUGUCAAAACCGCUUGCAAACAACGCGUCUCUCAAUACUACGACUCCAGGGUCAGAUCCUGCUCGUUCCGAGUCGGAGAUUGGGUCAUGCGAAAAGUCUCUCUGGCAACUAGCGAGAUCAUCAGCAUCCAGCGAUCGGGGACUUAUCGGCUCAGAGACUUCAAUGGAAAGACUCUUGGUCAUCCUUGGAACGUAG